AUGGCCAUGUCCGCUACCGGGGAGUAUAUUCCUCCGAUGAGAACUUUUCCGCGAAAACGAAUGAAUGAGGCUUUGAAGGUGGGCGCACCUGAAAGAUCGAUAUUUGCAUGUAACGAGAGUGUUUGGAGCACAACAAACACGUUUUCAACGUGGUUUGACCAUUUUGUUGCAAAAACGAAACCGACGGAAAAAUCUCCGGUUCAUUUAAUCCUCGACGGACAUUCUAGCCAUACUGAGAAUGUGGAAGUGCUUGAGAAGGCGGAAAAGGAGCAAGUUCGGAUUCUUUCCAUACCGCCUCACACUUCGCAUAGGUUGCAGCCUCUAGACGUGACAUUCAUGGGUCCACUUAAGUCGAGCUAUACUAAAGCCCUCGAGAAGUUCCAAAAGGAAAACAUAGGAAAAACGGUCAAAAUUUUUAAUGUUGCCGCAGUAAUAAAUAGCGCAUACUCCGCUAGUGCGUCGAUUUCAACAGCCAAAAACGGUUUCCAAGCCACCGGCAUAAGCCCUUAUAAUCGGCACAUUUUUACAGCUAAGGAUUAUGAAGCUUCUGAUUUCCUGAUUGCAAACCCUCUCAACGACGUCGUAGAUAACCAUCCAGGCAAUUACAAUGACCUGAACGUUGAUGCACAAGACUUCGAUGGCUCUAUGCAUUUUACAGAACCAAUCGACCAAAGCACUGAUAAGACAUCGGGAAAUAAGUAA